AUUAAUUAUUAUUAAUGGCAUUUUCAUUAAUUAACUCAUAUCUUCGUCAAAAAGGCGCAUGGGCCCAAACCAACUGGGGUUUUUCACUACUGACUAUUCCCUACAUGAUGAAAAUAGUCUGAGUCGAAAAGCUUAUAAUCACCUCGAGAAGUUCCCUCGUCAGACUUUUCAGACGGUCAAAGAAGCAUAAAGUUUAUAACUUUAAAGGUAGUCCUUGUCUUACAAAAAAAUUUUAUUUACACAGAAUUUUUAUAUGUCGAAAAGAAAAAAAUAAUUGCAUUCAAAAAUAUCGGAAGGUAUUGGCGAUAAACUUUUUUUGAAAUAGAUCGUAAUACAGAUAAAGUACGAGAUUUUCCAGAAAACUUAUUAAAGAAUAUAUCACAGAAUUCUGAGUAAACUACAUCGGUUUGCUUUUUCGAUGUUCCAUUUCUGAGAAGAAUUUUUAACUGAACUGCACUUUCGUCCCGUAUGUAGUAUCAGGGUGAAAAGAGAGGUGAAAAGUUCCUUUUUUCAGAAAGAACCGUUUGAAGGUUUUACGCACUGUCUGAGAUAAGUUUACGGUUUUGUUAUUCCAUAAUUUAAUUUAAUACCUUUUAUAUGUCCCAUAGAUUAUUCUCGACAUCUUGUUGUUUAUAUUUUAUUUUAAAACUAAUAUCUGUGCAUUUUUUCUCUCAUCUUUAGGCUUAUUCAUUAUACGACCGUGAAGUUGGAUAUUGUCAAGGAAGUGCAUUCAUUGCAGGAUUAUUAUUGAUGCAUAUGCCUGAAGAAGAUGCAUUUUUUGUAUUAGUAUCACUAAUGCAAGACUAUAAAAUGCGUGAAAUGUAUAAACCAAAUAUGUUUUAUCUUGGACUGUGUAUGUAUCAGUUAGAGUGCAUGGUAGAAGAACUAUUACCUGAACUACAUCGUCAUUUUCAAGCUGAGGGCUUUCAUACAUCAAUGUAUUCGUCGACAUGGUUUUUAACAUUGUUUACAACGCAGCUACCAUUAGCAUUAGUUUGUAGAAUAAUGGACGUGUUUUUAAGUGAAGGUAUGGAAAUUAUAUUUCGUGUGGGAAUUGCUCUGUUGGAGAUACAUCAAGAUGACUUAAUGAUGCUCGCAAUGGAAGACAUGUUAAAAGAUCGUCUACAAGAUACAUUUAAAACUGUCCAAGGUUCAAUGAAUGCCGUUACAUCGUAUUUUCAAAAGGACUUACCAUCGAAACAUGAAACCGAUCAUGAUUUCCUGUUUUCUAAAGCAUUUGCCGUUAAAUAUAAUGCCAAAAAGAUGAAAAAAUUAGAAAAAGAUUAUUCAACGAUUAGAAAAGAAGAACAAGAAGAACAAAUUGAAAUUAGACGUUUAAGAAAUGAAAAUAAAUUAUUAAAACAACGAAUUGAAAAUUUAGAAAAGGUAUGA